AUGCUGAUUUCAAACAGUUUAUCUAGACCUGAAUUUGUUUGGGAAAAAACUUGGCAAUACUUAACAGAUAGGAUUCUAUACAAUCAACAAAUUGCUUUACAGUCGCCAGAUUUAGCUCUUAAUGAAGAACAAGUGAAUAAUCUAACUUUGUUCGAAAUUGAAAAGAUUUUGCUUCGUAACAAUUCCACGUUGAAAAACUUUACCACACUGCCUUAUCCUGAUAAUGACUCGCUUGAAUCCUCAAACAACCGUUUGAUUGUAGAAGAACUGGAUUAUAAUCAUCAUAAUUUAGGAGAUGAGUUUCACACGCUUGUAACUGCUCUUACAGAUGAGCAAAGAGGUGUGUAUGAUGAAAUCAUGAUUGCAGUUGAAAAGAAAAAAGGUGGUGUAUUUUUUGUUUAUGAACAUGGCGGAAGAGGCAAAACAUUCCUAUGGAAGACCUUAGCUGCAUCAAUAAGAUCUAAAGGAGAGAUUGUUUUAAAUGUUGCUUCCAGUGGCAUUGCAUCUUUACUUCUUACCGGUGGCAGAAUAGCACACUCUCGUUUUCACAUCCCGCUCAUUCUGAAUGAAGAUUCUCUUUGCCAAAUGAAGCCAGAUAGUGAUGUUGCAGGCUUAAUAAAGAAAACUACUUUGGUAAUAUGGGAUGAGGCACCAAUGGUUCAUAAAUAUGCAUUUGAAGCAUUAGAUAGAAGUAUGAAUGAUAUUUUCAAUGCUCAAUGCAGUGGUGACUCAAAUAUGAUUUUUGGGGAUAAGGUAAUUAUUUUUGGAGGAGAUUUCAGACAGAUUAUGCCGGUUAUUCCCAAUGCAGGAAUAUCAAAUCAUAAGAUUCUACUAAAAGUUGGUGUUCCUAUCAUGUUACUGAGGAAUAUUGAUCAGAAAUCUGGAUUAUGUAAUGGUACUAGACUACGUGUGUUAACAUUGGGAAAUCGAGUAAUAGAAGCACAUGUCAUAUCUGGAAGCAAUAUUGGAAGUCGUAUAUUCAUUCCAAGAAUGUCCUUAACACCUACGGACAAAAGGAUACCAUUCAAAUUUCAAAGGAGACAGUUUCCAAUUGUCUUAUGGAAUUCUUCAAGAAAUUUGAGGGUUUCUGCAGUGGAUUAUUCUUCUGAAAGUGUUCUAGGAACGCUUUCCUUGGAAAAGUUGCCUAAAGCUUUCUCUCUAUUUGCUUUUUAG